UUAAAAGGUGGCCGCAUUCCUCCUCCUGGGAGAUUACCAACGUUUGAAGAGAUAAAGGAAACAAUUGGCUUUAACGAGUAUUACAAAGAGGAAGAACGGUAUAAAACAACUGGCGUCCUUCCUUCCUAUGAAGAAGGCCAAAAAGCAGAGAGAAUAAAUGAACCUGUAGUUGAGGUUCUCAGUCCACUUCAUGGCGGAAGCAAGUCUGAUGAUUCUAAUGAACACUCAUCUGGUAUAUGGUCUCGGACUCUGAGAUUAAAAGUCACAGGAAGCAAU